AUGUCUGGCCUCGAGGCCUUCGCUGUCGCGGCUAGUAUCAUACAGGUCGCAGAGUUGGGCACUAAACUAUCUGUCCAAUUAUUCUCCUUCUACCGACAAGUCAAAAGUGCCAAUGAAUCUAUACAGCUCCUAUCAAACGAGAUCGCACUUGUCAGUGCCAUUUUGCGUGAACUGGGUGACAGCUUGCAAGAUGAGGGGUCAUCAAAGCUCUGUUCGGAUGAGGCACUUCAGACUCUGAGCCGUGUCCUAAAUCAGUGUCGGGACGUGCUUGGACAGAUCCAGAGAGUGAUUGACUCUAACAACCAGACUGGCCAGAUUCGAAGGAAUAACAAUAAAGCUCGAAUCGGAUCCGAUGAAGCCGUGGAUAAUAUUGAUUCUGCUGAGCUCAAGGAAUACAACAUUCUUAUAGAAAGCAUGCUUCGUAAGGUCGACUUGUGCAAAUCCAAGCUUGAAGAUAGCCGCCACUUACGAAUCAAAAACGGUGUCUUGAAUAUCCACUCCGGAGAAAUCGUGCGAUCCCAAUUGGAACACGGUCCCUCUAUUCAUAUCGAUCCUUUACUUUUUGCCGAGCAAAAAACCGAGAAAAGUAUUUCAAAGCGAACACCUGCAGUAUACUCCUCCAGCGCCACGUCAGAAGAAUAUAUGCUCCCAGUGGAUAAAACCUGCUAUUAUGGGUAUCGGGGGCCACAGAUAUCUUUCGAUUCCGCAGGAGACGACGAGAUGCCCGAGUUUGGGGCCGAGCCCAAGCCUAGUAGAUUCCAACCCAGAGCAUCAAAACGUUCUACACAUCGCCGUUCCUUACCCCCAAACGAUGAAACUAAUGUAGAGUUUCAUUUCGACGAGCGCAGUGGGCGCCUUAGGAAAAGAUUUCAAGGCCGUGGCGGAUCUAACAAGCGAAAACAGGUCGCAUAUGUCAACGCAGAUGACACCGUGACCAAGAAAAAUGACGAGGGACGUGAUUCCAACAAUGAAUCACAAGAGAUACCACCUAUCCUUACAGCCAGCCCCCAGGAGAGUGGGAUAUUUGGGCAUCGUGUUGAUGAUUGUGAUGAUGAUGGUGAUGAUAUUCAUCAGGAGACAUUUUCAGAAAACUUCUUGCUACCAGGCAAUCUAGAAGACUUGUUGGCGAAGUGGACAACCCUUGACGGAAGUGAAAUCCUGCGUGGCAAAUUGAUGGCAUUUUAG